AUGGAGUACCUGAGUGAAGAGCAGGCGGCAGCCUCAGAGACGCCAUCAAAGAUUCUUUGCUGCGACUGUGGCACACUAAUUGAUCCAAAUCCGGCAAAUCUGUGCAUUGGCUGCCUUCGAUCAAAAGUAGACAUCACUGACUCCAUUCCAAAGCAGGUGGUCAUUUACUUCUGCAAAGGAUGUGAACGAUAUCAGCAAGCAAUCGGCCAGUGGGUGAUAGCCGAGUUGGAGUCCCGAGAACUGCUGGCGUUGUGUUUGAAAAAACUGAAGGGUCUCAAUCGCGUCAACCUCAUUGAUGCCACUUUCGUCUGGACAGAGCCCCACUCUCGGCGGAUCAAGGUGAAGUUGACGAUUCAGAAGGAGGUCAACGGAGGCGCCAUUCUUCAGCAGGUCUUUGUCGUUGAGUUUGUCGUCAACACGAUGAUGUGCGACGAUUGCCACCGGCGAGAGGCCAAGGACUUCUGGAAGGCCGUGGUACAGGUGCGCCAAAAGUCGUCUCACAAGAAGACCUUCUUUUACCUCGAACAGCUGCUGCUGAAGUACAAAGCCCACGAAAAGUGCGUCAAUGUAAAGCAGAUCCACGAAGGUAUUGACUUCUUCUACAGUCGCAAGGACGACGCUAGGAAAUUUGUUGAGUUUCUGCAGACGGUGGUGCCCUGUCGUUACGUAACUGCCCAACAGUUGAUCAGCCAUGACACGCACAGCAACACAUACAACUACAAGUACACCUACGCCGUGGAGAUAGUGCCCAUCUGCAAGGACGACGUCGUCUGUCUGCCGGUGCAAACAGCCAGGGCCCUCGGCAACAUUGGCCAACUGUGCGUUGUCCUGCGCGUCACUCAGCAAAUUCUACUCAUUGACCCGUUUACGUUGAGAACCGCCGAACUGACCGCCCCAAACUACUUCCGCGCUCCGUUUCGGGCGAUUUGCACAGCACCACAGCUGACAGAGUACACGGUAAUGGACUUGGAGCCAAUUCACGGUACACCGGCCAGCAAUACGGCCGCUGGCUCGAAUUUGUCACACAAGCAUAUUCUCGGUGAUGCGUACGUUGUCAAGUCCAGUGAAAUCGGCUCCACCGCCCCGACGCACACUCGUACUCAGCUCGCCCAUCUGCUUAAUCCUGGCGACCUGGCUCUAGGCUUUGACAUUCGGUCGGCUAACCUUAACGAGGAGCACUUUGAGAAGUUUGAGCAGGCAAAUGCUGGCAAGUUUCCUGAUGUGAUUCUCGUGAAGAAGUUUUAUGGCGACAAGGCGACGCGUAACCGCCGCCGUCGAUGGAAGCUUCGACGACUACGAAUGGCUGAAGACGGCAGCGCAACUUCAGCGGACGGUCGGGACUACUAUGACUUUAUGGAGGACCUCGAAGAGGAUCCGCUGCUUCGCGCCAAUGUGAACAUCUACAAAGACAGUCGAAAGGCGGCAAAUGAGAUGGCCGUGGAUGAGGACGACUUUGCCGACGGCGAGGAGGUGCCUCAAGUUACCCUUCAGGAAAUGCUUGAUGAUUUGGUUCUUGAUGAUUGA